GUCUCCCCACUAUGAGGAUUGUUCUGCUGGGGAAGAAUGUGUCUGAAAACAGUCUCGUGGGAAACUUAAUCUUAGGGACAGAUGUGUUUAAGAGUGAAGCUCCUCCAGAUGUUGUAGAGAGAGUCUCAGGAAGACUGAAGGACAGACACGUGAUCAUCAUCAACAGUCCUCAGCUGCUCCAGACCAACAUCUCAGAUCAUCAGAUCACACAGACAGUGAGAGAGUGUGUCCAUCUGUCUGAUCCAGGACCUCAUGUCUUCAUACUCGUACUGCAGCACAAACACUUCACUGAGGACGACCUGAGAAGAGUCAAACACCUGCUCAAACUAUUCAGUGAAGAUGCCAUUAAACACACGAUAGUGAUCACCACUGAUGAACAGACACGCAGAGCUAAAAGGACGUCUGUGAAACCCAAUACAUUCAUUCAGCAGUUAACAGCAGAGUGUGGAGGAGGACAUGUUCAGGUUAAGGAUAAAAGAAAAAUCUUCUCUCAGAUUUUCAAAACGGUAGAGAAUACACGGAAGAGAAAAUAUUGUGAGACAACUAUAGAAACACCAAAGAUUGGUUCAUCAGAGGACACAGAAGACAGCAGAGCUGUGGAUUCUGACCUUUCAGAAAAUGAAAACACUGAUGAGAGCCAUAAACUGAAUCUGGUUGUGUGUGGGCGUGACGAAACAUUAAAAUCCUCCAUAUCAGAGCUGAUCCGGCAGCAGACAGACAGAAGAUCAGACGUGGAUCUUCAUGGUCGUCUGAUCAAUCUGGUGGAGCUUCCAGCUCUGAUUCGUCUCUCAGAGGAGGAAGUGAUGCGUCAGACUCUCCACUGUGUGUCUCUCUGUCAUCCUGGAGUUCAUGUUUUCCUCCUCGUUAUUCCUGAUGCUCCACUCAAUAAUGAAGACAAAGCAGAAAUAGAGACGAUCCAGAAGAUAUUUGACUCCAGAGAGCAUUUUGUUCUGCUCUUUACCACUAAUCUCUCUGUUGAAGGACUUGCAGCAGAUUUAGUCCAAUCCAACACAGAAUGUCAGAGGUUAAUCAGCCAUUGUGGAGGUCAGUACAGACUGAUGGGAUUAAAGGAACCUGUAAACUCCAGACAGAUCCCAGAACUGCUGGAUUAUAUAGAGAACAUGAAGACUGAACCCUAUUCAGUUCAGAUGUAUGUGAGAACUCAAGAGAACAGAGUCAGACAUGAACUGGAGGAACAACACAAGAAAGAACUGAAGACACUGGAAGAUCAAAUCAUGCAGAAGAUUCAGUCGGAAGGAGCUGAAGAUGAUAUGGAGCGUCUGAGGAUUGUGCUGAUCGGGAGGACAGGAAGUGGAAAGAGUGCAACAGGAAACACUAUUCUGGGGAGAGAGGAGUUUGAGAGUGAAUUAAGCACAGAUUCACUGACAACUGUUUGUCAGAAAGGAGUCGGUGAAGUCGAUGGUCGAUCAGUAGCUGUUGUUGAUACUCCAGGACUCUUUGACACGUCAUUGCCAAAUGAUCAAGCAGUGGAAGAAAUAGUCAAAUGUGUUUCACUGUCGUCACCUGGACCUCAUGUGUUUGUCAUUGUGUUGAGUUUGGGACGAUUCACAAAUGAAGUGAAUGAGACUCUGCAACUGAUAACGAAGACCUUCGGUCAUAAAGCUGCUCAGUUCAGCAUUGUUCUGUUCACCAGAGGAGACGAUCUCGGGAGUAAAUCUAUAGAGGAUUAUGUGAAGAGAAGUAAGUCUGCACAACUCCAGAAACUGAUCAGAGAUUGUGGAAACAGAUUCCUGGUUUUCAAUAACCAAGAAAAACAAGACAAAACUCAAGUGAUUCGACUGUUAAACAUGAUAGAAGAGGUUAAAAAUAAUAACAAGGGUCGAUACUUCACUAACAGCAUGUUUGAGGAGGCAGAGAUGUCCAUUAAAAAGAGAAUACAGGAAAUACUAAAAGAGAAAGAAAGAGAAAUUCAGACUCAACAUGAGAUACUGAGAGUCAAAUAUGAGACAGAAAUGGAAGAGCUCAAGAAGAGACUCGAAGAAGAGAAAAGAAAAGCAGAUGAGGAGAGAAUACAAAGAGAGAAUGAGUUCAGACAAAAAGAGGAAAAACUGAAAAAAGAUUUUGAGAAAAAAGAGAAAACAGAACAGAAAAAACGAGAGACUGAAAACCAGAAACGAUCCAAUGAGGAAAAACAGCAAAGAGCUGAAUAUGACAGAAAAAUGGAAAAGAUGAAGAGAGAGAUUGAAAAUCAGAGAUUACAGUUUGAAAAACAGCAAAAAGAAAAAGAAGAAGAAGAAAGAAAGAGAGAAGAGAAAUACAGACAAGAUAAAGAAAAGAUGAAGCAUGAGAAUGAAUGUGCCAUGGCAGAAUUAAAAAAGAAACAAGAAGAAGAAACUAAAAAGAGAGAUUUGAUGGAGAAAAGAAGGAAUAAAGAAGAAGAGAAAGAAAGACAGAGAUGGGAAAGAAAAAUAAAAAAGGCUGAAAAUGAGAGAAAAGAGACUCAAGAGGAAAUUAAACGACAGCAGAGAGAAUGGGAGGAUGAAAUUAAAAGACAGACAAAAGAACGAGAGGCAGAAGAAAGAAAAAUAAAAGAGAAACAUAAGAAACAACUGAGAGAAAAACAAGAAGAACUGAAGAAAAAUAGAGAGAUAUUUGAAGUAGAGAGAGAAAAAGAAAGACAGAAGAUUGCGGACGAGAAACAGAAACAGAAAAGAGAAAGAGAAGAAAAAGAGAGAGAAUAUCAAGAAAAGAAACAGAAAAUGGAAAGAUAUUAUGAACAACUGGAACAAGAGAGAAAAGAUGAGUGGGAGAGAAGAAAACAAGAAGAUGAUGAGAAACAAGAAGAAGAGAGAAAGACAUGGAAGAAAAUGAUUAAAGAUCUGAAACAAGAGCAAGAAAAAGAGAAAAAGAAAAGAGAAAAUGAGGAGAAGAAGAGAAAAGAAAGAGAAGAGACAGAGAAAGAUGAAAUGAAGAAGGAAUAUGAGACAAAAAUGAGAGCCAUGAAGAAGAAAUAUGAAGAUGACGCCAGAAAACAAGCAGAAGAACUGAAUGAUUUGAAAAGUAAAGUGGAAGAAUUAAAAAAGGAGAAUGAGUAUUUAAAAAAUAGAUGGUGUUCUGUUAUGUGAAUGUUUUUUUUUUUUUCAUCCUUAUAAAGGAGCCAGAAUUAAAGCUGUGGUGUAAAUGAGCUACUAUACAUUUAUUUACAGGCAUAAAUGAAGAAACAACAAGACCUGCAGGAUUUCAAAGUUAAAUGUGGGGGGAAUUUUUACUUGUAAUCUCACAUAUCUGCAACCAUUGCACAUUAAAAAAAUCUGUGCUGUAUUGAGUGUUGGGAGUAACAGAUUACACCUGAUGUGAGUUAUGCAAUCAGAUUUUUUUUUCCUCAGGUAACAAGUAAAGUAACACUUACUUUUUAAUUUAAAAGAAAAAUGUUUUUAUUUUCUAGUUUCACUUCUUUAUGGUGCCAUUCUUUUUUUUUUUUAAUAAUAAACAAUCAUUUCAAUCUAAAUCUGCAUUUGUGUGCCGAAUUUGGACUUCCAGAAUUGGUCUGCCCUUCUUUUGUAUGCACAUGACGCCAUUUGAGCAGCCAAAUAAAUUUA